AUGUCUGUCAACAUGCAGAGCAUAAUCAAUUCAGUCAAAGGGACAGCUCUCGGAGUGGCUGAGUUCUUGACACCCGUUUUAAAGGACUCCAAAUUUAAAGAGACAGGCGUAAUAACCCCAGAAGAGUUUGUAGCAGCAGGUGAUCAUUUAGUCCAUCACUGUCCAACUUGGCAAUGGGCUUCCGGGGACCAGAGCAAGAUCAAACCUUAUCUUCCAAAAGAUAAACAAUUUCUGAUAACAAGAAAUGUUCCCUGCUACAAGAGAGUCAAGCAAAUGGACACGCACCAGGAGGAACAAGAGAAGAUAAUAGAAGAAGAAGAUGAAGAUGGAGGCUGGGUCGAUACACAUCAUUUCUCACCUGACCAGUCUGUGAGUGCACUUCAGGAAGAUAUGGGAGACAUGACUUUAGAAACCAAG